AUGGAAGGGAGGCGGGAGAGCAAUAGUGUGACUGAAAAUCUUAGCCUCUGCGAAAUGUGUUUGUUUCAUUUUGAAAGGAGCGGAAGUGUUGUCACCCGGACAAUACAGUGGGUCGUACCAUCCUUGCUCAAACUACUGGAAUAAGCGAGGGCUGCAGCGAGCGAUUAGGAGGUGAGAAUCCACGAUUAAACCGGGGGUAGAGUUGUUGCUUAGUCUAGUAUCCCCGAUACUCGUGUGCAAAGAGACUCUUUGGCAGCCAUGGUUCGCAAGAAACUUUACCGCCCCAUUGCAGCCAUGGCUAAGAAGAUCCGGGAGUACCGGGCAUUGAAAAACCGACCCCGAGACUCCCAGCGCUUUGCCCUGGACUAUGAAACCAUGACCCGUCCCUUCACAGGCAAGCGUCUACCUGUGUUGGCUUGGGAGGAUGUGAAGAAUGAAAACCGGCUAUUUACCCUGCUGUGCAGGCUGCAUCAUUUUGGCAUUGGGCGCAUGGUGACGCGCAAGUCCUGGUUGUGGGCAUUCGAGGAGCCGUGUUAUUGGGUCAUUACCAAAGUGAAAGUGGAUUAUACAGCUGAGAAUAUGGAUCAUGGGCAAGCCUGGGGAUAUCGGACAUUCAGAGGCAGGACAAGCGACGAAGUGAAAGAAAUCCCCAAGGUCAUGUACCAUGAUUGGCGCAUAGUUCCUAAGCAUGAGGAGGAGACCUUUAAGAGAUGUACACCAGUGGAAGAAGAAAGCGUACAGUAUGUCCCAUACCCCCCAUUGCUGCGGGCCAUGAUCCUUGCUCAGAGACAGAAGGAAGGGAAUCUGGACACAGAAGAGCCCAUGAUCGACUUGAAACGUUUUGCUGCCCUCCGAAAGGAGCACUCUUCCCAGAAGCAAAUGGAAGGGACACCAGUCUGACAAUCUCAGGAUGUCUUCUGCGUUCUUUCUAUUACGUUCAUUUUCUAGAAAAUUACACCAAGAAAAACAUCUUUAAUACUGUGGAAAGUACAUCAUGCCAAAUCUCACCGUAUACUAAUUCUGCUCAACGUGUUGAAUGCUGUUAUGAAUCAAUGUGACUCUGUCUGGACAUGCUAGUUUACCUGCUCAGACCAUGUGCUUUUGACACCCAUGUUCAUUGUUCGAAAUAAGACCUCUUGAUUUUAGUGAGACUGGCUCCCUGGCCAGCUAUGUCCAGCAUUGCAGUGAGAACAACUUAAUCUCCCAAUGACUAGAGUAAAGCAGUUUUCGUAGCUGCUAAGAAAUUCAAGAUUAACUUUCUCCGUUUUUAAUUGAGGAGGAGGGUCAGUUAUAACUUUCAAAUAUAAUAAAAGUA